ACUAUUUCUAGGCACAAUGUAGUGGAAUGCAAAAAUGUUUUUAAAUCUUUUUCCUUUACAAUAUAUUGAUUAUCAGAAUUUUGUUCAUGUUAUAAAUAGAAACCUCCCCAAAUUGCCUUUUACAUUUUUUAGAUGUGUUCUUAUUUUAAAUGAUGCCAUGAAAUAUUUUGCUCAGUACUCACAUAUAAAAAGAAAAUUAGUUGCUGUAUACUGUCGUAGCUUUAUGGCUUACAUAAAAUAGAAAAAACACAUUUACAUGAAUGCUGUUAGGAAGGGUAUCAUCAUUUGAUCUUUAAACUUGCCGCUUCUCUCAGGAGAGUUCAGCAAUAUUUCUAUUGGAGUUAAGGAAUGUGGUUUGAUUUUUAUGAAUGGUUUACUUUUAGAUAUUUCAGAGUGAAGAAUGAGCAUACAUAUUGAAAAGACCAAAGUGGCACAGGGCUGCAAAAUAUUAAAGGUGCCAGGUGCCUUAAUUAACAAAUGAGGAAUAUCUUGAGUAAAUCAGAUAACUCAGAUUGUUAAGUUCUAUGAUAUUUCAAAAUGUUUUUUGUCUUUUUCAGUUUUGUAUGCUUUGUGCUUAUUAUAUUAAGUAUUCAUUUUUAGCACUUUUGUGAUCAGAUUACAGAACAGUCAUUACUCUUGCUUUUCAAAUUGAUUUGGUUUUCAAACUCCAAAACUCUGUGAUGAUUUUUACAAAUUGGUUUACAUUUUGACAGAACAGAGUUAAGUUAAUUAAUAGAUCAGGCACGAAAAAUCAUCCACAGUAGGGUAUAUUUUCUGGUAAAAUGAAAGUUAUGUUUCAGCAUGAUGAGCAUCAGGCUUCAGUAAUCUGUUCCUCGUGUGGAAUGAACACUUCCUACUUCGAGCUAGCAGGCACCUACUGUUUAUUUACGCUGCAUUAAACUGACAGCGCAGCAAUCAGAGGAAAAAUAUUACUUACCUUCCUGAAGUAAAUACCAGUUUAUAGGUUAGUGCACGUAUUUAUAUUCCUGUCACCACUAAAUAACGGCUCUGUCUCCAUUUUAAUAUCUACCUGUGCUAUAAUCCAGGGCUUCAGACUCUUCCUGGUUGGGGAUAGGGGUAGAGAGGAGUUUUUCAUAUCAUUUCUCAAUGGCAAAACUUUAAAGACAAAUAAUUUCAUCUUCUCAUUUCUGUCGUGUGAGAACCAGUUGAAAGAAAUGUUAUGUAUCUUUACUUUGCAUACCUCAACUCUAACAUCAAAACCCCAAAAGAAUCUGCAUGCCACUUAAAAUAGUCAUCUUAAAGCAACCUCAGGAUAAAUAUGUUCAAACACAUUGAAAUGUAUUUUGCUAAAUUAACUUUCUACAAAGUUCCAAAAAGAUUAAACUAUUUGAUUCCUCAGAUAAUAACUUCAAUAAAGUGUCUUCUCUUCCAAGUCUUAUGUGGAAUGUUUGAGUUUUUCAUGGAGUUCUAAAAAUAUGAAUAAAAGUGGGGCUCACUGAUUGAUUUAUUGAUUGACACUCUGAGCUUUUCUCUGAAAAUAUUCUUACCUCCUUUAUUUGACUUCUUGUUAAUCUGCCAUCCUUAAAAUAAGGGAGAUUUCUACUUUGUUAUAAUACUAAAUGUAUUUGUUGUUUUCUUUUAAGUUAAAAAUCCUUUCUCUUUCAAGAUCCCUUUGAAACAUCAAAAUACUGUUAAAGUUGAAUUUCAAAAUUCACAAUUAACUUGAGAAAAUGCUUAUUUUCACUUAUAUUAUCUAAGAAUCGGUUGCACUUAACUGCCUAUACACAGUUAUCAAUACCUAAUCACAUAUUCCACUGACAUCAGGGUAGAAUAUGGUCUUAAUACAACAUAUAAAUCAAAUCUGUUACACAAGGUUCUUCUCCUUCACUAUACCGAAAAAAAGUUGUCUACUAUAGUAAUUUAUAUGUCAUUCCUAACUGCUGUUCUCAAUGGUAAGUCUAUUUAAACUUGAUGUCUUCAUAGAGUGUGAUCAACACAUUAGCACACAUUAUUUCAUACUUUUGAACUUAUGCCAAUGGUACCUUUUGCUGUUUAUUUUUUUAAAGUCUUUUUUAAGAUUAGAUAUUUCAUUUCAGAGUAAAUAGAUACAGAUUGUGUGUAUAUAUAUUCAGGGUGAGAUUUAGUAGUGUAGAAUUUCUCCAACAUAUUGGCCUAUUUUUAUGCUUUCAAGUUAUUCUUUAUCACUUCUACAGUUGUUGCAGUCUGAAAGUUCAUAAUCGAAAUUCUAAUCACCUCUUUCAGUGGACUUUCAAGGAUGUAAUUCAGUUUAUGCGGUGAUCUAGUUUAGUUACAAGAGAUGAAAAUUAGUUAACUGGUACCUCAGGAUUUAUGUCCCUGGUUUCUGCUGAAAUUUAUUCAGUCCAGUUAUUUGACAUUUGGUAGAGAAGUGGCUUGUAAUCAAAAAUUAAGAGUUGGUUCAAUUUCCAGUGGAGGAGAGAUUUUCCUGGAUAAAACAUUUAACUGUGCAAUAUUUUAUUACACUCAUCACUCAUUUUAGAGCCUGCUUAUUGUUGCACACAUUUUUGAAUACCUAGGGGUGCAGGUCCCCAGAUGAGGCCGAAAUGCUUGCAGAAGAAGCAGAUGUCAGGCUGCACCUGGUUGUGCCUUUACUAGUAUGUCUGUGGACUUGAGCUGGCCCCCCCUCCUCUGCACCCCUUCCCCCACAGGUGUGCAGGAAGUAGAGGGCGUUAUACUGGGUGAAGUGGGUGGACUCUACACAGAGCUAUGACCUGAUUUGUGACGCACCCUCAGAACUGCAGUAAUGGUCCAGCUGCUUCAGAGGCAACUGGUAACCACCUCAUUUGGGGAUGUUUCUGCCUUGCUAGCAGUGCCAGCGAGAACUUCAUCAUUGUCACCUCAUCAAAGACUACUUUUUCAGACGUCUCCUGUAGGGCUAGAUUCAGAGAGCAGCUUCUGAUUAUUUGGAGGGUGAUCUUUAGACAGUGACUGAGUAUGGAUCAUUUGAACGAGGCAACUCAGGGGAAAGAACAUUCAGAAAUGUCUAACAAUGUGAGUGAUCCGAAGGGUCCACCAGCCAAGAUUGCCCGCCUGGAGCAGAACGGGAGCCCACUAGGAAGAGGAAGGCUUGGGAGUACAGGUGCAAAAAUGCAGGGAGUGCCUUUAAAACACUCGGGCCAUCUGAUGAAAACCAACCUUAGGAAAGGAACCAUGCUACCGGUUUUCUGUGUGGUGGAACAUUAUGAAAAUGCCAUUGAAUAUGAUUGCAAGGAGGAGCAUGCAGAAUUUGUGUUGGUGAGAAAGGACAUGCUUUUCAACCAGCUGAUAGAAAUGGCACUGCUGUCUCUAGGUUAUUCACAUAGCUCUGCUGCCCAGGCCAAAGGGCUAAUCCAGGUUGGAAAAUGGAAUCCAGUUCCACUGUCUUAUGUGACAGAUGCCCCUGAUGCUACAGUAGCAGAUAUGCUUCAAGAUGUAUAUCAUGUGGUCACAUUGAAAAUUCAGUUACACAGUUGCCCCAAACUAGAAGACUUGCCUCCCGAACAAUGGUCGCACACCACAGUGAGGAAUGCUCUGAAGGACUUACUGAAAGAUAUGAAUCAGAGUUCGUUGGCCAAGGAGUGCCCCCUUUCACAGAGUAUGAUUUCUUCCAUUGUGAACAGCACUUACUAUGCAAAUGUCUCAGCAGCAAAAUGUCAAGAAUUUGGAAGGUGGUACAAACAUUUCAAGAAGACAAAAGAUAUGAUGGUUGAAAUGGAUAGUCUUUCUGAGCUAUCCCAGCAAGGCGCCAAUCAUGUCAAUUUUGGCCAGCAACCGGUUCCAGGGAACACAGCCGAGCAGCCACCAUCCCCUGCACAGCUAUCCCAUGGCAGUCAGCCCUCUGUCCGGACCCCUCUUCCAAACCUGCACCCUGGGCUCGUAUCAACGCCUAUCAGUCCUCAAUUGGUCAACCAGCAGCUGGUGAUGGCUCAGCUGCUGAACCAGCAGUAUGCAGUGAAUAGACUUUUAGCCCAGCAGUCCUUAAACCAACAAUACUUGAACCACCCUCCCCCUGUCAGUAGAUCUAUGAAUAAGCCUUUGGAGCAGCAGGUUUCAACCAACACAGAGGUGUCUUCCGAAAUCUACCAGUGGGUACGCGAUGAACUGAAACGAGCAGGAAUCUCCCAGGCAGUAUUUGCACGUGUGGCUUUUAACAGAACUCAGGGCUUGCUUUCAGAAAUCCUCCGAAAGGAAGAGGAUCCCAAGACUGCAUCCCAGUCUUUGCUGGUAAACCUUCGGGCUAUGCAGAAUUUCUUGCAGUUACCAGAAGCGGAAAGAGACCGAAUAUACCAGGACGAAAGGGAAAGGAGCUUGAAUGCUGCCUCAGCCAUGGGUCCUGCCCCACUGAUAAGCACACCGCCCAGCCGCCCUCCCCAGGUGAAAACAGCUACUAUUGCCACUGAGAGGAAUGGGAAACCAGAGAACAAUACCAUGAACAUUAAUGCUUCCAUUUAUGAUGAGAUUCAGCAGGAAAUGAAGCGCGCUAAAGUGUCUCAAGCACUGUUUGCAAAGGUUGCAGCAACCAAAAGCCAGGGAUGGUUAUGUGAGCUGUUACGCUGGAAGGAAGAUCCUUCUCCAGAAAACAGAACCCUGUGGGAGAACCUCUCCAUGAUCCGAAGGUUCCUCAGUCUUCCUCAGCCAGAACGCGAUGCCAUUUACGAACAGGAGAGCAACGCGGUGCAUCACCAUGGCGACAGACCGCCCCACAUUAUCCAUGUUCCAGCAGAGCAGAUUCAGCUGCAGCAACAGCAGCAGCAACAGCAGCAGCAGCAACAGCAGCAGCAGGCGCCGCAGCCUCCACAGCCACAGCAGCAGCCACAGGCAGGCCCUCGGCUCCCCCCACGACAACCCACGGUGGCCUCUCCAGCAGAGUCAGAUGAGGAGAACCGGCAGAAGACCCGGCCACGAACAAAAAUUUCAGUGGAAGCCCUGGGAAUCCUCCAGAGUUUCAUACAAGACGUAGGCCUGUACCCUGAUGAAGAGGCCAUCCAGACUCUGUCCGCUCAGCUUGACCUUCCCAAGUACACCAUCAUCAAGUUCUUUCAGAACCAGCGGUACUAUCUCAAGCACCAUGGCAAACUGAAGGACAAUUCCGGUUUAGAGGUUGAUGUGGCAGAAUAUAAAGAAGAGGAGCUGCUGAAGGAUUUGGAAGAAAGUGUCCAAGAUAAAAAUACUAACACCCUUUUUUCAGUGAAACUAGAAGAAGAGCUGUCAGUGGAAGGAAACACAGACAUUAAUGCUGAUUUGAAAGACUGAGAUAAAAGUAUUCGUUUCAUUCAACAAUUCCACUGGUAUCUACUAACAAAAUGAAAAGUUCACCUUGUAUUCUCUCAGAAAACCUUUGUUGUUCAUUGUUUGGCCAAUGAAUCUUCAAAAACUUGCACAAACAGAAAAGUUGGAAAAGGAUAAUACAGACUGCACUAAAUGUUUUACUCUGUUUUACAAACUGCUUGGCAGCCCCAGGUGAAGCAUCAAGGAUUGUUUGGUAUUAAAAUUUGUGUUCACGGGAUGCACCAAAGUGUGUACCCCGUAAGCAUGAAACCAGUGAUUUUUUUUUUUUUUCAGUUAUUCUGGAGCCUCAAACAAGCAUUAUAACUUCUGUGAUUAUGAUUUUCUCUCCUAUAAUUAUUUCUGUAGCACUCCACACUGAUCUUUGGAAACUUGCCCCUUAUUUAAAAAAAAAAAAAAGAAAAAAAAAGAGUUUGUUACUCUAUUGUAUGUUACAAAAGAACUAUAGACUGUGGAAUGCAGUUUAAAGAUGACAUAUGCCAACAAAUGCCUUGUAUUAUAUGGCACUGCCGUAAUUCAAAUUUGUUUUUAUUUUGGAAAUAAAAGUUCACUGUAAUUUUUUUUCAUUCUCAUUGUUACAUGAUUUUUUUAAAAAAAAAAGGAAAAGAAAAUGUGAAACACAAUUUAGUCCUCAUUAUUUAUUUGUAGAUCCUGCAGCAUCAUGUUGUAAUUAAUUUUUUGGAAGUUUCCGUUAAAUGUAAUAUUGCUUCUCUUGUUACCAUACUGAUUCUUUUCUAUUUAUAAAUGUAUUUUGAUGGGCAGUAAAACAAAGUGUCUUAAAAGUUUUAAAUAGAGAAAAUGUGCUUUACACAGUUGCCUAUAAAAAGUGCUCUAUGUUAUCCAAGCAAUUCAUACUAUAAGCUUCACUCUUAUUGUUGUAUGCAAUUUUUACUAUCAUGCAAAUAAGCUUAGGUAAAUAAAACUAAUAGAUCACCUUAGAAAAUUAUGCAAUUAAUGUGAAAAUAAUUGAUGUUUGCAAUGUGUCUUCCUUUGGUUUACAAUCAAUUUUAAAGCUACAUCUGUAUAAAAUUUCUGUAUAAAGGUGUAUUUCUUUUUUAUGAGUUUAUGGCUAUGAAAACACCAGCGAUUUUGUUACAGCUGGCUGUUUUUAUAAGUGUAUCACAAUUUUCUUUAUGCAGAGAUGUUCUGCCUAGGAGUGGUUAUUGACUGUAACUACACAAUUAAAAUUGUUUGUAUGGUAUGACAUGGUAGGGUUUGUCUGCUUAUGUGAAGUAACUUUAAAGAAAAGUCAAAGGAUGGCCCUCUCAUUUAGGUGCAUGUUAAUACUUUCUUGCUAUUUAACUGAUUUUGAAAAGAGCAAUUGAAAAGUUACUUGAAACACUGUAAAUUUACAUCACAAACACAUGCUCAUUUUUAAAUAGGUAUGAAAUUUCACAAUGAAGAUAACCUGUUUUGGUUAACAUUUUGCUUAAUAAAUAGAGAUAGGAUGGUCAAAAGACUCUCCAACAAAAACAUAAAUCCAGUCUCUAGCAGUUAUGUUCUUAGAGUGGAUUCGUCUGUGCUUAUUUCACAAUACUUCAAUUAUAGCAACACUUUUCCUUAAGCUAAUGUACAAAUAUUUUUAAAGUUCAUUAAUAGUCUCAAAAUAAGUAGGGGGAAAAUGGACCUUCUGUAUAAAAACUGCUUAGUAAGCUUUUUUUCUUUUUUUUAACAAGUUUUUGGAAUAAGUUAAUAACUAAGCUCAUUUGAUUGUGUAUGUCAUAACUAUAAGAGCUACAUGAAGAAAAUAGGAAUAACACACCUGGAAUUUAAAUACAAUCUUCUAAGUUCUUGCAACAUUCAACUUAGUAAAAUGCCAGAAUAUAAAAUGAGGUGUGCUAAUGGUCACAGAAAGGACUGAGGCCAGCAUUACAGUUUUGCGUGAUUUUUAUUUGCCUCUUCACUUUAAGGUUUCCUGGAUGCUAGUAAGGGUAUCUGGGUUGCUUGAGAUACCAUUCUGCAAUUGCCCUUCUCUUUCUGCCUACCAUUUUCUCAGGCCCUGAUGAGCUUAUUGGUAGGCAACGGGGCUGCUUUAAUGUUGUACUUUAGAAACUAAAAUGGAAUCAUUGAAAACUCUCAAAGAAGCUUUAAAGUUCCAUUUGCUUUUGAAGCACAGCUAAGCUACUCUGACGGCAGCUGGUUGGUUGCAAACUUAAAAUUGUACUGAAAAGUUGCCACUUCUUUUUAUGAAGAAAACAACUCUCAAACAUUUUUGCUCACUAGAGUUCAGAAAAGUAAUAACUUGAGCCAAAGGAAUUUGAAUUAAGAAAACUAGAUUUAAUGUAUUUAAGAAAUAGAAACUAGAAUACCAUUAGUUAAAUUGUCUUUCUCUUCCUUAUAGAUCCCCUAAGUUUAAGGAACAAGGCUGGAUUUUUAACCAGUCCAACCCUAACACAAGGUGUCAAAUAGGUAUGAAAUUCAGUAAUCUUUUUGGAAGGAGAAAUUGGGUUGCAAAUAACUUUCCAUUGCUAAUAACCUAAAUUAUUUGAAAUAGUGUUUUCAGUGAAAUGAAUGUCUGUUGGUAAUCGACAUAGCAAUGCUAACAGAAUUCUCACAUUGAUUUUUUAACUUUUUUAAAGUCACCAUGGUUUUGAUAAUUUGAUAUUUUAAGUGCCCCCCCUCCAGUGCGCACCCACACACACACACAUGCACAUGUUAAUAAACAAUGAUGGCCCGGAUGGAGUGAGCAAAAUUGAUUUCAGGGAAGAUGGCACAUUUUAGAAAAGACUUGCCCAGAUGAUCUUCCAUAUUGCUCACCAAUGUCAUUUAUCGCUCAUGCCAGUCCUCCUCCUGUUUCCUGUGGCAUGGUAAAAUUCCUGUAACAAGCUUCAUUGUGUCCACGUAUUUCAGAGACUUUUAAAAGCUGGGCAUGACAUAGCGGUUUGUGCUGUUAAGACCUUAGCAGAGUCAGGUAGUUUACGGGUAAUAUUCAACCUUGUGCAUCUGAAUCUGUCAUGGAUUCCCUUCACUCAGCACUUUGCCACUAAUUUGUAUUACACUCUGUGGCCAUAUAAUACUUGCACAUUAUGCAAAAAAAAAAUGUUGAUAGUAUCUCCUUGCCACACAACAUGCAGAGUUGACACAUAACCUUUGAAAACCAAGGUAACUAAUAUGUAUGCCCUAGUUGUGUGGCGCUUGGUAACAAAGUCUGUACAUAUUAUGUAUAAAAUGUGUAUUGGUUAGCAUUUAGUGCUAAGAAAUUCUGAGUUUAAAAUAAGUGUUUUUUUCAAAGUAGCGAUAUCUAUAUCUGUGUUUAUCUAAAAAUACUAGCUUGAAUAGAAAACAUUCUCAAAUGGUUCAAGAUUGAGUAAAAAUGAGAAUCCCAUACAUUCCAUGAUUAAAUUCUGCCCUAUUCCCAAUUGUUAGCAUCUGGCUGAUAUUAAGGUCUUUGAUUGUCACAAUAUUCUCAAUAAAUGAGACAUUCUGAA